UUUCAGAAUUCUGUGAUCCUGGAGAGACUUCAGCCGGACUGCGACUACGUUGUGGAACUGCAAGCCAUCGCGUACUGGGGACAGAAACGCCUGAAGAGUACCAAGGUGUCCUUGCGUUUCACACCCACACAUGUUGUCAACAACAAAGAACAACUUGGGAAAACUACAAAAGGUAUGAUUCAAACACAGCCCCCUUUUCAAAGAAGACGACCCACUCGCCCUGUGGAAAUUGGAGCUCCGUUCUAUCAAGACAACCAACUGCAAGUCAAAAUCUACUGGAAAAAGACCGAAGAUCCCAGUGUCAACCGAUACCACGUGCAGUGGUUUCCAGAAGUGUGUGCCCACAACAGAACAGCCGGAUCGGAGACAUCAUCUGGCACAACUCACGAAAAUUAUAUAAUUCUUCAGGAUCUGUCAUUUUCCUGCAAGUAUAAGGUGACCGUCCAACCAAUACGGCCGAGGGGUCACUCAAAGGCAGAAACCGUUUUCUUUACCACGCCACCGUGCUCCUCUCUUAAGGGCAAGAGCCUCAGGCACGUUAGCUGCCCUGGUGAUGCAGGUCUCCUUUCCAAGGUGCUAGCCAAGCCGGAGAAUCUUUCUGCUUUAUUCAUCGUCCAAGAUGUUAACAUCACCGGCCACUUUUCCUGGAAGAUGGUCAAGGCUCAUCUCUAUCAGCCCAUGACUGGGUUUCAGGUGACAUGGGCUGAGGUCACGACAGAGAGCCGACAGAACAGCUUACCCAACAGCAUUAUCUCACAGUCCCAAAUACUGCCGGCGGAUCACUAUGUCCUGACAGUGCCCAAUCUGAGGCCAUCGACCCUCUACCGACUGGAGGUACAAGCGCUGACCACAGGAGGGGAGGGGCCGGCGACCAUCAGAACGUUCCGGACGCCCGCCCUGCCCCCCUCUUCUGCACACCGAUCCCAUCUUAAACACCAUCAUCCACAUCAUUACAAGCCUUCUCCAGAAAGAUACUAAACUCUUCAAAAAGGUGUUUAAAAAUUGCACGAGUGUGCAAGCUUGUGGAACUUAGCCUCUAGCCACGUGUACUUAUACAAGUAAUAGGAACUUCUCAGAAGCACUCUCUAUAUGUAACUUUAGUGCAGCAAGGACUUGUAUCAAUCGCGGAUGCAUCUGGAAACCAGGGACAGAGAGUUAUCCAGUGAAGAUGGACACCAAUUCCCUGUGACAGUGGAGAAAAUGAAGAAUACACCUCCUUAACUCUAAAUUUUGUCUUCAUAUAUGGUUUUGCUAAUCUCUAUUAAAUUAUUGCAGAACUGAGAUUUCCCUGAAUUUGGAGCUGCAAAUUCUCAAAACAAAGUAGUGUACCAAAUGCACAAUUCAUACAUACACUAAGCAUAAAUUUAAUCAAUAAGAUAUAUUUUUUAUUAAGUUAUUAAUUUGAUUUGCAAAAUCAACUAAGAUUAUACAGCCUUUGGACACUAUUCUUCAAGUUUUUCAUAAGAUCAUUUUUAUCGUGGGUGAGUUUUUAAUGGAAAAUUUGUAACCUGAAAUACACCACUGAAUUUAAGUCUAAAAAUACUCCCACUUUAAUCACGCUAUGCUUCUUUUUAUACAAAGAAAAAUACAAGUUGAAUCUGUAAGUUAUGAUUUAUUUACAAAAGACACCCAAAGCCAGAGGAAUUCAGUGAAUUAAACUGCUAACCGGACUUUGCCUUGCAGGAAUGAAAAUUCUUUUCUGGAGAUAUUUUUAAUAUUUUACCUUCUACUAUGAAAGAUUUUUCUGGUAUUUUAUCUUAUUUAUAUUUUACCUUAUUUUCCUCAAUGCAGCAACAGCUAAUAGAGCACUUUGUUUUGUCAUCUGAAAGUUCACAAAACCUCUUGCUUCAAAGGAAAGAAUCCCAACUAUUGAGCAGUUUCCAAUUUUUAGGAAGAUUUGCCUUUUCAAAAUCAAAGUAAGCUAUUUAUAUGCGAGAAUAUUCUCAGUAAUGUUAAUAAAAAGGGCUUCGGUUGAUAGAAAA